GCCGCGAGUUUACUCUUUUGAGCCCUCCCACGCCCACCUGUUGCUCCGAGGCCGGCUGCUGCGGUUAGCUCCGGUGCCCGUACAGACGACAAGCCUGCAGCACCUUCGGUUCCAGUCCUCUCAUUGGGCGUUUCUAAGAGCUCGAACCUCCCUCUCCUUCCCCUACACGCGGACCCCUCGGUUGUAGCUUUGGGUCUUCGUCAGCUCAGCUAUCUAAUAUCCACUGAACUUGAGUUUGUUGUCUCCAUUGAUAGUGUGACUUAAGGACCUUCCAUCCCAUAAUUCUCCGUUCCGAAUUGUAGUGAACGCAGCCGCCUUGGAAGUAGAUAGCGUUCAGUUUUAGCCAUUUUCGGUUUAAGUGAAGAUCUAUUGGAUCUCAGUCACUCCGAUAUAUUUUUCAUUUCCCGUGUGUUCUUUAUGUAAUUUUUGAAUCUAGAAACAGGGUGGGGCGUUCUAAUGCAGGAGGUUAAAAGCUUGGCUUGGGGGAUGCCUUAGGUAACUGCUACCAAGCAUCUGCCUUCGGUGCUUGCUCCUGCAGGGAGUGCUUGGUGUCCCCCACCCCCAUGCCCACCCAGGAUGCCCCUGUCCCGCUGGCUGAGAUCUCUGGGGGUCUUCCUGCUGCCAGCCCCCUGCUGGGCACCCCGGGAGAGGUGGCUUGGUUUCCUACAACGACCCUCCCUGGCAUAUGGGUGUCCAGUCCUGGGGGCCUGGCACAGUGCCCGCUGGUGGUGCCAAGUGUGGACAGAGGAGCCUCGAGCAUUUAGCUCCUCUGUCAGAAUGAAUGGAAACCAGAAAUUGGAUGUUUAUAAUCAAGACAAGCAGAAUUUCAUCCAGCACUUCACCCAGAUUGUCAAGGUGCUGACUGAGGAGGAGCUGGGACACCCAGAAACAGGGGAUGCCAUUACCCGGCUCAAGGAGGUCCUAGAGUACAAUGCCGUAGGAGGCAAGUACAACCGGGGUCUGACUGUGGUACAAGCCUUCCAGGAGCUGGUGGAGCCAAGGAAACAGGAUCCUGAGAGUCUGCAGCGGGCCCUGACUGUGGGCUGGUGUGUAGAACUGCUCCAGGCUUUCUUCCUUGUGUCAGAUGACAUCAUGGACUCUUCUCUCACUCGCCGGGGGCAGAUCUGCUGGUAUCAGAAGCCAGGCAUAGGCUUGGACGCCAUCAACGAUGCUCUGCUUCUGGAAGCCUCCAUCUACCGCCUGCUGAAGUUCUACUGCAGGGAGCAGCCCUACUACCUCAACCUGCUGGAGCUCUUUCUGCAGAGUUCCUAUCAGACUGAGAUCGGACAGACUCUAGACCUCAUGACAGCACCCCAGGGCCAUGUGGAUCUCAGUAGAUAUACUGAAAAGAGAUACAAAUCUAUUGUCAAGUACAAGACUGCUUUCUACUCUUUUUACUUGCCUGUUGCGGCCGCCAUGUACAUGGCAGGCAUUGACGGGGAGAAGGAGCAUGCCAGUGCCCUGAAGAUCCUCAUGGAGAUGGGCGAGUUCUUUCAGAUCCAGGACGACUACCUUGAUCUCUUUGGAGACCCCAGUGUGACCGGAAAGGUCGGCACUGACAUCCAGGACAACAAAUGCAGCUGGCUGGUGGUUCAGUGUCUGCUACGAGCCACUCCUCAACAGCGUCAGAUCUUAGAGGAGAAUUACGGGCAGAAGGAUCCAGAAAAAGUGGCGCAGGUGAAAGCACUGUAUGAAGAGCUGGAUCUGCAGUCCGUGUUCUUCAAGUACGAGGAAGACAGUUACAACCGCCUCAAGAGUCUCAUAGAUCAGUGCUCUGCGCCCCUGCCCCCAUCCAUCUUCUUGGAACUUGCAAACAAGAUCUACAAGCGGAGAAAGUGACCUCGGAAUUAUAGAGGCUGGGAGGGAGGGAUCUGAAUAAAUUAUUGUUCAACA